UAAGAUGCAUUGACUUACAACGUGGCGCCAUUGUGGUUCAAAUCAGAAUUAAAAUGCUUCCUUACGCAGGACUCCUUUUACUGACUUUGUCACGUUUUGUAAGAGCUGAUUUACAUUCCGAGUACGAUAAAACAGAAGGGGCCUGGAUUUAUUCUACAAUAAAAUCAACAUAUGUGCAAUUAAGCGUUGAAGAAUGUGCUGCAAAAUGUAGCAGAGAAACUACAUUUAUUUGCAGAGCCUUUCUUUUCACUCAGAAGGAAAAUGAGUGCCUUAUUACAGCAGAUAACAGUAAGACUACUCAGCUGCUGAGAAGAACUAAUACAGUUCUUUAUGAGAAAAAAGAUUUUCUUUUAGAAUGCAGAAGAGGCUCUGGAUUUACCUACAGAGGAACAAAAUCACAAACAGUUUCUGGAAUAACCUGCCAGAAAUGGAGCAGCAGCACCCCUCACGUCCCAAGGUACAAACCAAAUAAUUUUCCAUAUGCUGGUCUGGAAGCCAAUUUUUGCAGAAAUCCAGACAAUGAUACUGGUGGUCCUUGGUGCUACACUCAAGAUCCAAAAAAGCGAUGGGAAUACUGCAGAUUACCAGAAUGUGAAGACACUUGUAUGUACUGCAGCGGAGAAAACUAUCGUGGUCAAGUUUCACAAACCGAGGAUGGAGUUAAAUGUCAGGCGUGGAAUUCCCAAGUACCUCACCGUCAUGGAUACAAUCCCAGUUUUUUUGCAGAUAAAUAUCUCCAGGAAAACUACUGCCGGAAUCCAGAUGGAGAACCCAGGCCCUGGUGUUUUACAACUGCUCUUGAUCGACGCUGGGCAUUCUGCAACAUUAAACGAUGCAGUGGUGAGCCCCCAAGCAUUGAGAUAGAAACCAAAUGCUACACAGAACGAGGUCAACUGUACCGUGGGAAUAUAUCUACAACCAGGUCUGGUAAAACGUGUCAGCACUGGGAUUCAAAGGAUCCCCACGUUCAUUCAAGAACACAUAGAAACUACCCUUGCAGAGGACUGGAGAGCAACUACUGCCGAAACCCUGAUUCUGAGAAGGAACCCUGGUGUUACACGACUGAUGCAUCUACAAGGUGGGAAUAUUGCCAAGUGCCAAAGUGCGGCAAUCAAACGAGAGUGCCUUUAGAUGAAGAUAGUCCUCCUGAAUGCUACAAUGGAACAGGUGUGGACUAUCGUGGAACUGUAUCUAUGACCAUAUCAGGAAAACGAUGCCAAGCAUGGGAGUCCAUGAAACCACACAGACAUUUGAAGACACCCAAGAAUUUUCCCAACUCGGGACUGGAAGACAACCUCUGUAGAAAUCCUGAUCGAGAUAGAGCUCCGUGGUGUUUCACAACUGAUCCAUCAACCCGAUGGGAAUUCUGUAAUAUUAAAAAGUGCCUUAGUGUUGUAAUUUUACCUUCUCGCCCACCUCCAUCGAAUCGUCCAUCUGUGGCACCAGAGAAAGAGUGCAUAAUAGGUAACGGAGUAACAUAUCGAGGCUCAAGAUCAAUCACAUCUUCUGGUAGAACAUGUCAAGAAUGGUCAUCCAUGACCCCACACAUUCAUGUUACUUUUACUCCUGAAGUAAACCCGAAUAAAGGAUUAGAGGGAAACCAUUGCAGAAAUCCAGACAAUGAUGCGAAUGGUCCGUGGUGUUACACAACAGACAGAGAAAAGAAGUACGACUACUGCGAUGAUAUUCCCCAGUGCGAACUCUCUACUAAAUGUGGAAAACCAGCAAUUGAACCUAAGAACUGUUAUGGAAGAAUUGUUGGUGGUUGUGUAUCCAAUCCAUAUUCCUGGCCUUGGCAAGUCAGUGUUCGUACAGGGUAUGGCUUUCAUUUCUGCGGAGGAACUCUUAUUGCUCCAAAAUGGGUUCUCACAGCUCGACACUGUCUAAAACGAUCCACAAGACCUUCUGCUUAUAGAAUCUAUCUUGGAAUUUACAAAGAAGAUUCGGACGAGCGUUCAAAACAAAUUAGAGAUGUUGACAAACUGGUUAUGGGACCUGAUAAUUCUGACAUUGCUUUAGUAAGACUUAGCAGGCCAGCAAUCCUGAAUGACAAAGUAUCUGUGGUUUGUUUACCCGAAAAGGACUACAUAGUACCGAGUGGAACUGGGUGUUUUGUUACAGGAUGGGGUGAGACACAAGGAACUGGAGGGGAUAAAUAUCUGAAGGAAACAGGCUUUCCAGUCUUUGACAAUAAAAUUUGCAAUCGUCCUGAAUUUCUGAAUGGAGUAGUUACUUCCAAGGAAUUGUGUGCUGGAGAUAUUGAUGGUGGUCAUGACACCUGUCAGGGUGACAGUGGAGGCCCCUUAGUUUGUCCAGACAGUUCCAAACGGUAUGUUCUUCAGGGAGUAACAUCAUGGGGUUAUGGAUGUGCAAGGCGAAUGAAGCCAGGAAUAUAUGUGCGAGUUUCAAGUUUUAUUGACUGGAUCGAAAGUACCAUAUCAUAAUAUUAAAAAAGAUUAAAAAGGAUAGAAAAGCAUGAACAUCUGAAACAUAAUGAGGUGCUUCCUUUCAUUUGCAAUGUAAAAUUCUCAUCACAAACCAUUAAACUCUUCCUUCACUUCAA